AUGUUGAUAAAAACUUCGGCAUGUUCAAUUGGCCAGGAACUGAAGAUUAGCCACAAAACCGUUUGGAACCACUUGCAUAAGACUGGUCUCAAGAAGAAGCUCGAUACCCUGACCGUUUUGAACCCGUUCCGGACUCCAGAAGCUGCGGCCGUUCAGGACACGGAUUUCGCCGGGCCCCUGGUUUUCUGUUUAACCUUCGGGGCGUUUUUAUUGCUGUCUGGUAAAGUGCACUUCAGCUACAUCUACGGGAUAGGCGUGUUGGGAUGCCUGUCCAUCUGGGCGCUCCUCAGUCUCAUGUCCACCAGCGGAGUUUCUUUCGGAACCGUCGUCACUGUGCUAGGAUACUGCAUCCUUCCUAUGGUCGGUCUGUCCGGCAUCAAUGUUGUAUUAAGCUUGCAGGGGUACAUUGGCAUCGUGCUGACUUCCAUAGCGAUAUUCUGGUGCAGUCUCUCCGCUUCAAAACUGUUCGUGACAGCUCUCGGCAUGGACCACCAACAGCCGCUCGUCAUGUAUCCUUGCGCCCUACUUUACGGAGUAUUCGCACUCAUCACCAUCUUCUGAGUUAGGGUUCAAUCCGGAAGAUGUUUAGGAAAUUACGCGAUAUUUACAUUCUCUUAAUUAAAAGCAAUCAACAAAUAAUCACACAAUAAAAAUAAUCAAAUAAUAACAGUAAAAUAUUAUAAAUCAAUUAAUUUCUCUUCAAAUUAACAUAUUACUUUCAACGCUUCAAAUCCAAAGAGAAUAAAAUUGUUUACUUUUCUAUAAUA